UGUAUACUCCUCAUAGAUAGUGACCAUACUAGUGACAAACGAACGCCAUUUUCGAUCCACGAUGUCCAUACUCUUACUUGAGGUUCUCUAGCCAGAAGUGGCCAGAGGUGACAAGAUGGCACGUCAGCAGCAGGACGUCGACGAGCUUUUCGACGUGAGAAAUCAUUUUUACAUCGGUAAUUAUCAGCAAUGCAUCAACGAGGCGCAAAAGAUCAAGCCGUCCUCUCCAGAAGUGGCUAUGGAACGAGAUGUACUCCUCUAUCGUGCAUACAUAGCACAGAGGAAGUUCCGUGUGGUGUUAGACGAAAUCAACAAUUCGUCGCCCCUCGAGCUGCAGCCAUUGAAGAUCCUGGCGGAUUACUUCGCCAAUCCGCAUCACCGGGAUGCCAUAGUGACCGAGCUGGACAAAGAGGCGAGUCACCCGAAUUUCGAUAAUCACAAUUUCCUGAUUGUGGCCGCGACCAUUUACUAUCACGAGAAGAAUCUGGAGGCCGCUCUCCGAAUACUGCACGACGUGGAUCAUCUGGAGUGCAUGGCGCUGACGCUGCAAAUUUACCUGAAGAUGGACCGCCUGGACCUGGCACGCAAGGAGCUCAAGGCGAUGCAGGAGAAGGAUGACGACGCUACCUUGACCCAGCUCGCGCAAGCGUGGGUGAACAUCACCAGCGGUGGUGACAAACUGCAGGAUGCUUAUUACAUCUUCCAAGAAAUGAUAGACAAGCACUCCAGCACGAGCAUGUUACUGAAUGGCCAGGCCACCUGUUUCAUCGGACAAGCAAAGUACGAAGAGGCGGAGACGGCCCUGCAAGAGGCGCUCGAUAAAGAUAGCAAUAAUCCGGACACGUUGAUCAAUAUGAUCGUUCUCUCGCAGCACAUGGGCAAACCGCCGGAAGUGGCGAAUCGUUAUCUGAGCCAACUGAAAGACUCGCACUUGGAACAUCCCUUCGUCAAGGAGUACUUGCAGAAGGAGAUCGAAUUCCAUAGGCUUAGGGAACAAUAUUCAUCUUCCGCCUGAGUGCCUCUCGGCAGAUUGUGGCAUUCCAUGGAAUAGGAUUGAUUGAGCAUAGGUCACGAGCGGAUCUAAGCGUGGACUAAGCAAGCUCGAUUCUGAUGAAAGCCUCGAGAGAGAGUUAAAUUCGUCCCGUGACAGUUUAAAAGAUACCUUCCUCUAAAGUUAAAAUAUUUAAAUAGAUAUCCGGUGUAUCUGUGCAUUAUAUUUUCGAAUUAACGCAUUUUAAUUCUAAUCAAAAUGUUUUUAUUAUUUCUCAUUUACUAAAAGUUGUGAGACUCGUUAAUAAUAUUAGCUCGCAAGCCUAUGAUUCAGCUUUCACGACACACAUACACUGGAUUCCAAUAUUGUAACAAUUUCUCGCAGUGCGUGAAUUUAUUAUCUGCAAAUGAAAAUAUCUCUCGUAGACAUACAUCCAAUUAAGAUAUUGUUUUUUUUAUAUAUUGAUAGGUAGGUAGGCUGACGGAAAAUAGAUAGAAGUACAGAGAGAUUGUAUGGACAACACCAACGUUCGCGGAAUUGUGAAUGAAGAACGAUGUGCAAACUGUGACUGAAGAAAAAUCAUGAUCUUCUGUCCAUCUUAUCCUCUCGUAUAUACUUUCAUCGUAAUCACAAAAAAUAUGGCUGCCAUUUUGUAAAACUACAUUAUUAGACUAAAUUAUUAUCAAAACUAAAACGUUAGUCUUACGUGCAAUCGUCUCUUCGUAUAACAAUCGUAUUACCGAUUUAGAUGUACAAAUAAAAGAAAAAUAUUAAAAUAAAAUAUUUCAUAUGUUAUGAACGCA